AUGCUUUCCCGAGAAGCUAUAAAAGUAGCCAAAAAGCUGCUAAGAGUCAAAAUCAAACACAAGCUAGCAACCAUUUCACAGGAAUCUCUUUCCCAGCAAUCGCAAGAAAUAUUAGACAGACUAGUUCAAUCGCCCAUUUUCAAGAAUGCUCAAAAGGUCGCCUUGUUCAUGAACAUGCCUGACCUGGAAGUAAAGACUUUACCAAUAAUCCAGGAAUGCUACAAUCAAAAGAAAGAAGUUUAUCUUCCUAGGUGCAACACUAUUAGUGCACCCAAUCGGAAAAGAAAUUAUUUGUCAAUGUUGAAUGUGCCCACGUUUCAAGAUAUUCUUGAACUUCGACCGCAGGGAAAGUAUCAAUUACUAGAACCCAUUGAGGGGAAAGAUGCAUUAGAUUCAGGUGAUUUGGACCUCAUACUCAUGCCUGGUGUUGCAUUUAACCAGCAACGAGAGCGUUUAGGUCAUGGUGCUGGAUUCUAUGACGAAUAUUUGUAUACGUACAAAACCAAAUGGGAACACUUGCCACUUUUGGUUGGACUUGCAUUGGAAGAACAAAUAACAACUAAUGGGCUCAUACCGGUUGAACUGCAUGACUUUAAGCUUGACCAGAUUAUAACUCCCUCCAAUACAUUUACAAAAAUAGAGGGAAUCUAA